AUGGAGAUCGACGAGUCGUUUGCGCAGACAUUAGCUGGUUCUUUGAUUCUCGCAGCAUACUUCAACUGGGGCCUCCUAGGGAUUCUCAUCAUACAAAUAUACACCUACUACCUCGCCUUUCCCAAAGACCGCACCUUCACCAAAGCCCUCGUCUACACCGUCUUGGUGCUCGAGGUAACGCAAACUGCUAUCACCUCGCACGACGUCUUCGUGGCACUCGCGUCCCAUUUCGGGAGCAGCAGCGCGCUCGAUGGGAUCCAUGUGCAUUGGCUAAGCAUACCCGUCGCCGGUGGCCUGACGGGUGGGAUAGGACAGUUGUUCUUCGCAUACCGGAUUUGGAACAUGUCGAGCAAAGGAUCGAGAGGCGGACCUGUAAUCAUUGGCAUCCUGGCUGCAGCGUCGAUUUGCUCCGCCCUGGUGGCCUCCGCGGCCUUCUUCCGCGCGAGGACAUUCUCGGGGUUGUUGAGCAAUGCGUCCGGUUCGUUGGCGGCAAUUGGGGUUUGGAAUGGUUUCGGGGCGAUUUGUGAUAUCACGAUUGCGUUGGUCAUGCCUUACUAUCUCAUGCGCCACGGAACGGGACUGAAUUCAACGCACGUCAUGAUUGUCAAUUUAAUUCGUCUAAUCAUCGAAACUGGAGUUCUGACUGCCGUCUUCGCGAUCCUGCAUCUCUGCCUCUACUUCGCCAACCACCAGAUAUUCGUAGUGCCAGGGCUCACAAUAUCAAAGAUCUACGCGAACACAAUGCUCGUCAUCCUGAACAACAGGAUAAAGAUCCUGGACGGGCGCGUGCCAGCGGACCAGAGCCAGGUCGAGUUCGAGCGGUGCCUGAGCGGGAGCUUCCAGAGCGUAAAGACGAACUCGAAGCCGAGGAACACAUCGAGAGUCAUCGUGUCGAAGGACCGCCUGACGUUCCGCCUGGACCACUUUGACGAGCCCCGGGGCCCGCUGCAGCUUCCGCCGAGGUUGAACACGAACAUUGAAGUGGAAGAGGAGAAGGAGAUUGCCAGUGGGUCGAAUCUCAGUCCGGACAAGACGGAAUCACCAUUCCAGGACCAGCGACAGCCUUCUUUCGACCUUGAGCACGCUAUCGAAACAGGAAAGGCCCUGUAA